AACUCCAUUCCCCAGCACAGCAACACUGGUUGUGCAGGUUCUACUACUCCCCUCCAUCAUCCAAACACGCCUCUCAACCCCAGAUUUCCUCAACGCAACGCCCAUGGCGCUUCUAGAUUCAUUCAAGCAAACUACACCUCCAGCAAGCAUCAGCCCUCUGACACCACCCUCUACUGCUGACGCCAAAUUCUUAGCGCGUGUCGCAGCGAUCCUUCGCGCCUUCAAGAGCUGCCAAAACGGCUAUCCACCAUCAGUACCCUGGACGGUGUACAAGCUCAAUAGUGGGGAGUACGAGGACCUGCAACGUCGACUGAAAGACGACGUAGAACUUUGGGGAUACGUUGAUAAUAGGGUCAGGUAAGUGAUAGACACAAUCGGUAGAUCUUUGUAAGAUUCUAAUAGUAGUUCGUAGAUAUGAUUACGAUCCUAUUAGUAGCACACUCAUUAUUCGAAUGACAACGACGUUGCACGACACCUUUGCGGCUGAACUAGUAACGAAGAUCAAGGAGGAAUUUGAGAAUCUGAAAAAGGAUUAAGUUGAGACGCGGCGAUUCAUCGACAAAAUCAGUUCAGUAAGCGGCGCAAUACACUUCAAAGACGACGGUAAGAAAUUCAAACAUGUGCCUAAUAUAAGGUUCCAUCAUAAGGAUGCCGCAUGGCCUGGCGUCGUAAUUGAAGUCUCGUAUUCGCAGAAGCGGAAGAGUUUAAUUGACCUGGCUGAAAACUACCUACUUGUAUCGGAUGGUGGAAUCAGGUGUCACGAAUCACGUGUUAACACGUGAAGAGUGAAGACCAGGCGGCGCCCUGACAGGUCAAGCACAAGAUCCUGCAUCUCCAUCGGAGGCUAAAGAAAUGGCAAAGCUCUCUAUUGAUCCAGAUGCGCACAGAAAAGAUAGGACUAAGAGACUUCCUCUGGAAGAGGAACGUACCCGGAUAUGAUGAUCCAGGAUGUGAAUGUGGAGAAGGACGACAAACUGUAGGACAUAUUGUAUUACGAUGUCGAAAAUUCAAAGACCUACGACAGAGGGAAGUUGGAGGGAGGAGGUGGUUGGACCUGAAGGCAAUCUUGAAAGAGUCAAAAACAGCCACAAAGGUAAUAAGAUUUAUGGAACAGACGCAACUCCUUGGGCAAUUUAGGAGUUGUAGUACAGUACAAAGAGACGAAGUGGAACGCUGG